AUGGCCACCGACGAAAACAGGGCUCUGUCAACUGGUAAUUCCAGUACUGAUUUGUCAGAGAAAUUCGAUCGGUUCCUCCAAACCCUGCAACAGCCUACACAAACAGCAAUCCCACAGUCAAUUACACUUAAUGUAAAACUCAAUCAACAUAAUUUUCCGAUUUGGUCCAGACUCAUGAAAGUUGCAAUCGGGGGCAGAGGAAAGCUCCGGCAUCUGACCGGAAAUCCUCCUCCACCAUCCACAGAUUCCCCAGAAUAUUCAAAGUGGGAAGAGCACGAUCUCACAAUCUGUUCAUGGCUCUUAGAGAAUAUGGAGCCAGAUGUGAUGCUGAACUACGCUGAGUUCCCAUCAGCUCGAGAAAUAUGGAAUAAUAUGACCCUGACUUUUGCUCAGAGUCGGGAUGGGGUUCAGAUAUUCGAUUUAAUCGUAAAAGCCAACACAAUUCGACGGGGCACCGAUUCUAUUGAGGAUUUUUUCAGUAAAUUACAGAGGCUCUGGAGGGAUAUUGAGCAACGACAAAUUAAUCCCAUGAGGUGUCCAGAGGACAUUGCCAUAUUCAACCAACUCCGGUCAGAACAGAAACUAUAUCAAUUUCUUGCUGGAGUCGGAGAAGAAUUCGCUACUGACCGACGGGAACUCCUGAACCAAGAACCACUACCAGCGGUUGAAACCGCAUAUGCAACAAUCAGAAGGGAGCGGGACAGGAGAACCGUUAUGGGACACAACGAGCCGUCACCGGCCGAAGCCUCGGGUAUUGGGUCGGGUCUCAAAACCCAAAUUCAAAUCGGAGAAGGGACUGCUGCCAAGAAUAGCAGCGUCGCCACCAAACUCCGGUCAGAAGGAGCAGGUUCAUCACGCCGGAGCGGCGGCGACAAAUCGAAGCUAUGGUGCACCCACUGUGGCCGGAAUCGCCACACAAAGGAGACGUGUUUCCUCCUGAUAGGGUUUCCAGAAGGGUGGGAUAACCGGCAACGAGAAAGCCAGAUUAGAGAGGCAGCAGGUUCAGUUCACAGAAAACCAACCGCCACCAUGGCUGUUGAAGCCGGCUCUGCAAAACCUGAAGAGAAAGGAAUGGUGGCUAGGGCACAAAUGGCGGCCGCUGCAAAGGAAGUGGGGCAACAGACACCAUGA